CUUCACCACCUCCUAGUUCAGGUUCACGUUUAAGCGAGUUUGUCAGUGGCUGACCAGUUAUAAUCAGCCUGACACUCACGAGCUCCGGCUUGCUUCCCCUUAUAUACCGGCAACAACAACAGCAACCCCUCCAUCGCGGGGUAACCGGCCGCGAUGCCCUUCUCUCAUCACAGCCACUCCGGGCAAUUCUGCCCUGGCCAUGCCAAAGACAACCUGGAAGAAAUCAUCCAGCUGGCCAUCUCCAAGAAAUUCCACACCUUCUGCUUGACGGAGCAUAUGCCCCGCCAUGAAGAAGAUUUCUACCCAGAAGAGAUCGAAGCCGGCGACACCGAAUCCAGCCACGUAGCCAACGAAGCAGCCUACUUCGCCGAAGCCACGCGGCUCCGAUCCAAAUACGCCGAUCAAAUCAACAUCCUCAUCGGGUUCGAGAUCGACUGGAUCCGGCCGGGCUCGCGACAGCUAAUCGAGGAGUCUCUAUCGCGGCACCCCUUCGAGUUCUUCAUGGGUUCCGUGCACCAUACGCUCACCGUCCCUAUUGACUAUGACCGGCCGCUAUACGAGAAGGCGCGUACGCUAGCCGGCGGGACAGACGAGUUGCUCUUCGAGGCAUACUUCGAUGAGCAACUGGAUAUGCUGAAGCAGGUGAAGCCGGUAGUAGUAGGGCAUUUCGAUCUGAUUCGGUUGAAGAGUGAUGAUCCCGAUCGGAGCUUUCAGCAGUAUCCUCGGGUCUGGGAGAAGAUUCUACGGAAUUUGGACUACGUGGCGGGAUAUGGGGGAUUGUUGGAGGUGAAUUCGGCGGCGUUGAGGAAGGGCAUGAAGGAGCCGUAUCCGAAUGGGGAGAUUUGUCAGGAAUUUCUGGCUCGCGGCGGCAGGUUUUGUCUGUCGGAUGAUAGUCAUGGAUUGGAGCAGGUUGGGCUGAAUUUCCAUCGCGUGGUGCCGUUCUUGGAGCAGGUGGGUGUGUCAAAGCUACAUUAUCUGGGACUGGGGGAGGGUGGUAAUGAUGAUGGUGCGCCCGUUGAUGCACGGUUUCCGAGGACGCAGAUCAAGGAGGUGUCGUUGGAGGAGGUGAAGAAGAUGUCGUUUUGGGGGUAAGGAUGGAGCAGAGCCACGAAGUCAGGAAUGAUUUGAGGGGAGGGGAGUUGAC